AUGCAGCCUUACUAUGAAAAUGAAAUUCCCAAUAAUACCCUCUACCAUCAUCAACAACCACAACUCACCAUUGAUAAUUCUCACUCCUCCAUUCUCUCCACCCCUCAACUUCCCUUAACACCAAACCACAUUCAUCACCCUAUUCUCCAACGUUAUCACCAUUCACAUUCUCCACAGCACCGACAACAAUAUCAACAACAACAAGUAACAUAUUCUUUGAGUGACACUGUUGUAAACCGUUACAUCGAAUGCGAAGGAGUAUCUUUUUGGAAAGCAUUCAACAACACAGUGCAACAAGAAAAUGAAAACCAAACCGAGACAUGUUUGGUUUCAGACAACAACUUGGACGAGCUUGAAGCUGUAUACAAAAACAAACUAGGUCGGAGUGGAGACGAUUCCAAGAGGAAGAAGAUGAGAAAGAAGAAAGUAGUGAAGGAAGAACUGGGUAUGAUGAACUCGUUUUUGAAGAGGUUGGUGAAACGUGUGGUGAAUCAUCAAGAGGUUCUUCAGAAUAGAUUGUUGGAGGUGAUUGAUAGAAUGGAGAGAAAACGAAUAGAGAGGGAAGAAAAUUGGAGGCGUGAAGAGAAUGAGUUGUAUGAAAAAGAAGCUAUUGUGAAAGCUCGUGAGAGAGAUCUUGCUAAACGAAGAGAGUCUUCCAUUGUUUCAAGCAUAGAGAAAAUUACUGGUAGAAAAUUCUUUUUUGUUUCUGACAGUACUCAUCAUAAUUGA